AUGGAGGUAAAGACUACAGUCCUGGAGGUAAAGACUACAGUCCUGGAGGUAAAGACUACAGUCCUGGAGGUAAAGACUACAGUCAUGGAGGUAAAGACUACAGUCAUGGAGGUAAAGACUACAGUCAUGGAGGUAAAGACUACAGUCAUGGAGGUAAAGACUACAGUCCUGGAGGUAAAGACUACAGUCAUGGAGGUAAAGACUACAGUCAUGGAGGUAAAGACUACAGUCAUGGAGGUAAAGACUACAGUCAUGGAGGUAAAGACUACAGUCAUGGAGGUAAAGACUACAGUCAUGGAGGUAAAGACUACAGCCAUGGAGGUAAAGACUACAGUCAUGGAGGUAAAGACUACAGCCAUGGAGCUCCGGCUCAACAUCCUCUGA